AAAACCCAGAGUCUAAACAUGGAUGUUCUCUACCGUACAGGUGAAACGCCACAGGGGACUCUUACUUAUACUCCUCGUCUUCUCUCGAUUGACUUUCAAGGUGCUUAAAUUUUAGUUGCAAAGUUGAUGUGUUAUGUGUCAAAUCUACAUUGUUAAGUAAUGCUAGUUCGACAAAGCCUCCAGUGCGGUGGAGAUUCCAUUCGCCCCACAUUGGAGCCCCGGUGAGCACCAAAACGGCACUGACACUUGAAGUGCCAAUAGUGUUUUGCCCCCAACCUGGGCUCUAGUGCAGGGCAAAUGACUCCCCACUGCACUGGGGAUCAUCACCAAAUGUUCACUUAGAUCCUUCGGAUCGAUGAGUUUGCAGGGUACAUUGUAUAACGAGGGUUCUAGUGCACCAUCUGAAGUUGUUACAUGGGCAGGAAAUAUUUCCACUCAUGAAUCUGAACCUCAGAAGAAGAAUUUGUUCUUGCAAAGUUUGUAUCAGGAAGAGCAGAAUGUUCCUUUGAUCGAUGGUAUCAAUGGUGGGACAAAGGAUUCUCAAAAUGAAAUUCAGGAUGCAGAUAUAGUCAAUUGUUUAGAUAAGGGAGUCCAAUUUUGGACAGACUUCUCAAAAGUUCAUUAUCAUCCUCAGAGUUUGUACGAAGUGAAUGGAUUGUGGCUGGAUGCUCAAGCAUUUGACAAUUAUGGAAUUGGGAGGGAUGUCUUCACUGAGAAUUUACGAGGAGAAGAAAUAUGUAACAGGCUUCGUUUCUUUGUAGAAGAGUGUGAUCGUAUCCAGGGUUUUCAAUUCAUUGUUGAAGACUCAGGGGGUUUCUCUCCUGUAGCUUCCGAUUUUCUGGAAUGUAUUGCUGAUGAAUACACAAACACUCCAGUGUUGCUAUAUGCUGUUAGGGGUCCUGGUACUCAUAUGAACCCAAGAAGCAGGAAGCAGACAGUUAUCAGAGAUCUUCAUGAUGCAGUAUCAUUCUCAAGAUUAUCAUCCUUUUGUAAAAUGAUUGUGCCGGUUGGUUUACCCUUCUUGAGUAGGAGUAAAGCUUCAACUUUCCUCAACAUUGAAGAUGAGAACCCUUACCAUUGCAGUGCUGUGUGUGCUGCGGCACUACACUCUACAAGUCUCCCAUUCUGCAUGGAGCCACUUGGUCCCACUGCAGAUUCAUCUGAUGCAUCUGGUGCUGUGGAUGUUAAUGGCAUUGUACAAAUGCUAGCAGGACAAUCUAGGCAGAAUAUGGUGGCCAUUCUGGAUGUUGCAAUGCCAUGCCCCAGUUUGACAGGGAGACAGGACGAGCAAUCCUUGCUUGGGAAUUUGCAACCAUUGACUCCAGAGGUUGCUGAGGAUGUGGAUGAUUUGCAGGCUGUAGAAUCAAUGACUGUGCAUGGAGCAAUUUGGUCAGAAGGUCAUCGGGCUUCAGUUUCUGAAGUUAAGAAAGCAAUCCAUGGUGCAUAUGAACGUGCAAUCACAAGGCCAAUGUUCUGCCAUCUUUCAGUGGCUCGUUGCCCUCUCCCAAUUCCCUUGCCAUUCCCUUCAAUCUUUGGUAAUCUUGUUGGCCAGCAAGGUGAGCUGCUGGGAAGUCCAAUUCUAGGUUCUAUAUCUAGAGGUUCACUAGAUGUUCACUCUAUCCCCAUGGCUGCUAGACUGCGUUCUAGCUGUGCUAUCUUGCCAUUUCUGGAGAACAGAUUGGGCAAUCUUCGUAAAUUUGGUAUUGAGCGAGGAUCUCCAGGGACAGAGUUGCUAAGAACUUGGGGAUUUGGAAAGGAUGAAGUGGAAGAUAUUGGUGAGACGUUGUCUAAAAUGGUGAAGACAGUCAAGCCUCAUUCUGAAAUCUCAUCCGAUUCAGAUUAAGUUCAUAGCGGAUGAGAGGUCACGUGCAUUUUCUGUUUUAUGUCGUCCUUUCCUGGCGUCUCUGGUCAGUUAAUUUCCUCGCUCAUAAUUAUCUCAGAAAGAGAAUUUUUGUUGCAGUUAAAAUACUUAUCUAGCUGUAUGGUUUUGCUUGCCACUUGCCAGACAAGUUGGAGGCGAAAUCAUCGUUUUGGUUCAAAUUUCUGAUGGGUGCUGUCAGUUAUGGGCCAAUAACUCAUUGUGAGCGGAGAAGCAUAAAUUUUUACACUGCAAAAUGGCAGCUAUCGAAAAUUUUGUAUUCACGAUUUACAUAUGCAAUGUCCUUUUUUUUUUGGCCAAUAAUAUUUUUAAUGUUCAGAAUUUAUGUUUCUAUUAAUGCAUU